AUGUAUCGACAUUUACCUUGGAAAAUUCAAGCAUUUCGGCACAUGUGCAAAACUAAUGCAGCAUAUGAUCAAUUAAGAAUAAUUGUACGUCACGAUCAUUUAUAUGAAGAUUCCUUUAAACAAAUAAUGCAUUGUGAACCAUCACAAUUACGCUCUUUUCCUUUAUCUCAACCAAUAGGUGAGACGUGUCUAUGGGAUAAUGACGAAGCUGUACGUCAAUGGUUUAUUACUUUAACUCGUGGAUUAUUUUCUUCUAACAUGAAAUUGUUUACACGACCAUAUUCAACCCAGUUCGCUAUUGAUCUAUCAUCGCGUACAUUAACAGACUAUUUAUUGAUGUAUAGAUUUGUUGGACGUCUUCUUGGAAUGGCAUUAUAUUAUGGUCGAUUUAUUUAUCAUGAAUUAUCGUGCUUUUUCUAUAACUAUUUAUUGGAUAAAAAAGAUUGUACUGCUGAUAUAUUACACCAAGAUUUUAGGUCGGGAAUAGCAUAUCUUGAAAAAACGAACUUUGAUAUUGAUGGAGGCCUUGAUUUGAAAAUUUGGUUCUACGCUCUGGAUAGUCACAUUAGUGAUUAUUUGAAAUUCAAUCCAACAGGUACCACAAUCAUAUUAACUGAAGAAAAUAAACAUAUAUAUAUUGAUUCAUUAAAAAAAUGGCAAUUGACAAGAGAUGUGGAAGAACAAGCUAUAGCUGACGGGUUCGCAGAUGUAAACAAAGUUUGCUCAUAUGCUUUCGGUAGUUAUUUUACUUUAAUUUAA